UUCAUCAGGCCGUUUCCUGAAGCCAUUUCUAGACGGGGGAAACGAGAGUUGAGCUACUUUUUAAUCCGUUGCAUCUGCCUAAAUGCACUUUCUUAAGGAAAAAUACUUUACAAAAGUCGAUGAAUCAGACUCUCAUCUUUACUUCGGUCUGAUUAUUUUUGUAACUAUUGCGGCGGAUUAGCAGCCAUACAGGCUUGAAAGUACAGAGACUAGAAAGGGGUUACCCCGAAUACGCAAGAUGAGAAGAGGGAUCUCCUCGGCUCCGGACAAAGUGAUUUUAGCGGGGGUUGGGGGCUCUCCUUUGGACAAUAAUAUCAUUUUAACAACUCUCUCGGAUCGUUUAAACCCCGGUCAAGCCAACGCUACCUUUAUCCAAAUAAUAACCACCCCACCGCCUUGCAACGUUACACAGACAUCAAAUGUGUGUUUAUCCGAACCUCAGAUAAACAACAUUUACACAACUCCACAACAAGCUGCAGCAAACGGAGCAGGACAACGACCCGCUCUGGGGAGACCGCCGGCAAAAAGACGGUUGGCGCUUGAUGAUUCCGACCACCAGUACCAGUCUGAACCUGCCAGGACUCCAAGAGGCAGGGGAGGGACCGCGGCGGCCAAUGGGGCAAGGCUAAAGACACCCAGAACGCCCAAGUCUCCACCGGAGAAGACUCGGUACGACACCUCCCUCGGGCUGUUAACGAAGAAGUUUGUGGACCUUCUUGCUCAGUCUUCGGAUGGCGUUUUGGACCUCAACCUCGCCGCAGAAACAUUACAGGUACAGAAAAGGCGGCUGUAUGAUAUCACCAAUGUACUAGAAGGCAUUCACCUCAUCAAGAAGAAAUCAAAGAACAACAUUCAGUGGAUGGGCUGUAGUCUGUUGGAGGUAGAGGGGGCACUGAGCCAGAGACAGAGACUGACAGCGGAGGUUUCUGCGCUGGGAGAAGAAGAACAGAGGCUUGAACAACUCAUCCAGAGAUGCAGCCUGGAUAUGAGACACAUGAGCGACUUGCCAGGCAACCAGAAAUAUGCCUAUGUAACGUACCAAGACAUCAAACAGCUGGGAACCCUCAGAGACCAGACUGUGAUUGUCGUCAAAGCACCCACUGACACCAAACUAGAAGUACCAGACCCUGAUGAGAGUUUGUCCAUCCACCUGACCAGCACUAAAGGUCCUAUAGAGGUCCUGCUGUGCCCAGAUGAGGAAAAUGACCCCAGGAGUCCUGUAAAAAAUGGUAACAUGGAUAUCAAUGGGAACUCGCCAUUCCUCAAAGUCCUUCAAGAUCCCAGCUGCACGACAACUCCCAGCUCCUCCCUGCCUCCACCUUUAUCCUCCUCAGCUGUGUGCGUCACUACUCUCUCCCCCAUCUCGUCCCCUUACACCAGUCUUCUUCAGCAGACGGACGACCAGAUGUCUUCGUCCCUGGGACCUUUUUUAAACCUUGGGCCACCUCUUCUUGACCAAGAUGACUACCUUUUAGGUUUGGGAGAUGACCAGGGAAUCAGCGACUUGUUUGACACCUGUGACUUUGAUAAAAUGCCCUCUCUCGGCCUGGAUGAUCUUCUGUGCAGCUAGCAUUAGGUAAUAGAAAUUCAGACUAGGUGCAUGGGAGAGAGAUGGAGAAUCAGUGAGUGUUUUGAUGCCUGUGACUGGAAGCCAAUUCAAAAUUGAUUGAAAGGAAACAUUGAGGGCUUUUUCAGUCCCAGUGGGACGAAAUGCUAUGUUCUUACAUGGCAUAUGAGAUAAACGGUCUGAUUUCACAGAAAGACAUGACUGGUGAUUGUGAAGAUGUAUCCAUUACUCUUUGUCUCAGGCUAUGUGGCCUCCAGUGUAGCUUGGCAUUGGGGGACAUCUGAAAUCCUUCGCUGUCUGUUUGGUUAAGUAUAAAUGGGGAGGGGAGAGGAUAUUCCCCUCUGUAUGGCGCAAAAUUCACACCUCCACACCACCUGGAAUUAACACAAAUCAUGGGUGUGGUUUAGCCUAAAAUCCAAGUGUAAAUGCACCUGAGAUGCACAGAUACUUUCACCAAAAGCCAUCUGUAGAAUGAUCAAGAAGGGGGAAGAGAACUGUGUUUACUGUUUAAAUCUUGACCGAUCCUGCAAAUAUGGGAAUUUGACGGACCCAUAAAUCUGCGUCUUGUCAAGGAAAGGAUAAGGUUGAUCUGUGUGUUCCCAGUGAUGCAUUUUCUUGUCAGGUUUCCAAAUUCAUCCAGGUAACUCGCUCUUGAAAAUUUCCCAGAGUUUAAGAUGUGUUAAUGCCAUGUGCUAUGGCUGAGGAUAUUCUGAAGAAUUCUUUGUGAUUGCAUUCAUUUACACCAAUGAUAUGCGAUGGAAGGCUCAUACUGCUGACUGAGGCAUUUUGUGUGUUUAAAUGUAGAACAUUUUAGAAAUGAAAAAAAAAAGAGGGUAAUUUUGGUGCACAGCAUUCACGACUACGGUUAUCUUACGGUGAGGCAGGCUUUGCCCUCUCACACACUUGUCAGGUUGUGCUGUUUGGCCUUAUAAUCAUAAAGUUACUAAGAGUAUGAGUAUUUUGUGCAUUUUUCAGCACUAUUUAGAUGUAUUGAGAGCUGCAUGGAAGUUAGUAUACUGUUUAGACGCGCACAUGACAUAAUCCAAUCCAAUUUUAAGGAAAAUAAUAGUAUUGUAUACUCUAAAUGCUCUAAAAGAAGACGUGUACACAAAUGUUAAGUGUAAAAACUAUUUACAGUAUGCCUUACGGCUAGUAUUUAGUUUGAUCCCACUGCACAUGAUUUGUUUCUCCCUUGUGCUAUUUGCUCCAUAUUUAAAAUGAAUUUAGUAGGUAAAAAAUUGCCAGGGUUUUAUCUACUGAUUAAGUGGGCAACCUCAUAUUUUGUACACGUAAUAGAAAAUUUACACUUUAAUGAAUACAAAAACGUUCAAUAUGUGAACAGAUACUGUGAUCUUUAUUGGAUAUUACAUUACAUGACCCAUGUGCUAACAGCACACAAAUGCUCUCCCAUCGACCUGGGCAAAGUGGGAUUAAGCAAAAAAAAUCCGGCUUGUUGGCACAUGUGAUGUGCGAACCUGAAUGUCAACUCAUACUCUGACUCAUACUCUUAUGGAUACUUCAUAUUCAGGACCCAAACUUCCACUUUCUUGCUGCUUUUUAGCUAUCCCCUCCAGCUUCAUCAGUAGAAGCUUCCAUUACCAAACCUCCCCUAAUGCUUCACCACUUAGACUGCGUGCUGUGAAGUUAUACUGUCGUUUGAGCUAAUCAGAAAAAUUUGACUUUGAACCACUUAGUGAUGCACACUGCCUACUCAGCGUAUACUGAGUGGGCAGUGUUGGAGAUAUAUUAGUCUUUUUAGGUUUAGUAAGUGUUGAAUUUUAAUUGCUUUUAAUACUGUAAAAAUAACUAAUAUCCCGGUCACCAAAGUAACAAGGGGCCAGAUAGCCACUAAUUUGGGCUUCAGCAUGUAAUGAAGGGAUUUUCCCUCUAGGAUGUUUUAAAAAAUUUGAAAGGAAGAGAAAAAAAGACAUACACCUGUUUUUGAAAUUGGAGCAAAUUCAGUGUAACUAAACCAUGUUUCAUACUAGGCCUGGUGAUACUGUCAUAUUGUUUGGGGCCACUGAAUGUUCAGACAGUGGUUAAUCAAGAAAAGCCAGCUAGAGGUGAAUUCAGAGCUGCAGGGAUGCGAUUUUUUUUCUUUCUGUCUAGGCAUUUGGAACACCAUUGUUGUUCACUUCUAAUAGUGCAAACAUCUUGUCUGAAACCCUGGCUUUUAGAGAAACCUGCGGCCGCAGGUAAUAUUGCUGCUGUUAGUGUUAACUUUUCCCCAGGCCUGAUUGAUGUGCGCUUGAGCAAAGGCGUGUGCAGCAUGUGUGAGUUAUGUCAAAGAUCAAGCUUGCUAAAGAGUAGGUAGGUAGGUCGGUCAUGUGUAAAUUGAUGUACAGUUUUCUAAAUUUCUCAGUGCACAAGGUACUGUAGGCUACCUCCCACUUAAUGUUGGACAAUAGUAAUAGGGCAUAGAGGUAAAUGCCGUUGUGUGUAUGCGUCUUUGACUUCCCUUUCAUCAUAGAAAUUACCCUUUUAUUAUUUCGAUGUGUUUGAUAUUACAUUGAUGUGUGCGAGAUUCCACUCAUAGCCUGAUAUAAUAAUAGAGUAUGCCUUUGCCCUUAAACCAGUCUCAUGGUGUUGCAUCAUAAAUUUGAAUAUUGGGCUGCACAUUUGAUGGGUAGAAAAGCAGACAAAUGUAUUGCAAUAUAUUUUUUGUUUUGUUUUUUUAAAAUAUUUUACAUAAGUUAUUUUGUUUUGUCAGUGUUUUUUUUUUCUUUGGUAAAAAUGUAGAGUGUCUCUUAGACCCCAAAAAAGUAGUUAGUAUAAAUUUAAUAAUUCAUGCAUGCAGUCAUUCAUUCACAGUUAGCCUGUCUGCCCUUUAUUGGUCAUUAGGAGACAUUGCUAUGUCUAAAUAUACACCACUGAACCAGGAUCAGUGACUCGUGUCCUCUGCUGAAGUGUGUAGGGGGCUUUGCUUCUGUGACACUGUGUGUCCGUUUUAUUUUUGGAAUGAUGAGAGGGAGCCUUUAACACUUUUUUUCUCUUUCUUUUUUUGUAUUUCUGCCAAUUUCACUUUGAUGGAGAGCAUUGAAGCCUGUUAAAACAGAGUUUUUACUUUGCAAACUCAAAACCCAAUUUUUAACCUGAACUUCACCCAUUCAGUUAAGAAAAUACAUUUCUUAGUCAGCAUAACUUUGCCUAAUUAGUGCUGCUAUCAUACUGGAAUGAAAUUUGACUUAAAUGCACAGAAAUGCUCAGAUUCAAAGAAAACAAUUUCCCCAUAGGCAUAUUUAUAUCAGUGUAUUUCAUAUGUAUUUAUGGAAAAGUCAGUUUUUCCACCCAUUUGGUUCUGUAACCACGGUUGUGAUAUUUUCUAAGACCAUUAACAUAGGUAAUUAUAUUUUCCUCCAUCAAUUUCAAGCGACCAGAAUCUGGUCACAAUAUUUUAUCCACUUUAACAUGAAGGAAAAUUAUGAUUUUUGGAAAGAUUGUACCUUUCCAUGGGUUUCUAAUGGAGUGGGAAAGAUUUUAAUGCACCGCUAAAGCUAGUGUCAUUGCCAGUGAGUCUGAAAAUGUAUUAUGGGUGACUCUAAAAAUUACAGCUCCUUCAUUUCGAAUGUGUGAUUCUGAUGUGUGAUUAGACCUUACGGAAAGUUAUCAUUAGGCUAAAUGUGGUGUUAACUAUUGUCAAGAUUGACACAGCACUGUUUCUCCUGCUAUUUUCCUAUGGUUAUUCUUAAGCUGUUACCAAAUACAAUAUACUGAUCCGUAAAUAUUGUGUAAAGGUUAUGUGAAAAGUUAACUAUUUGAUAGGAAAGAUUUGACUGUAAAAUUAUGAUGUUGCUGCCUGUUUCGACUAAUUACAGAAAAAAAGAGCUGUAAUAUCAAAUUUUUUUUGUUGCAAUUUGAACGCAUGGGUGAAAGUAUCACUGUGCUGUUGAAUGUUGAAGUUAAUGUGAUGAAUUUUGAUGUGUGUUAUUCAUUCAUUUAUAUAAGUUUCUUUAACAUCUGUUAAAUGAGGAAUUUGAGUUGAAUUUGUUUGGGGGGAGGGAUAAAUGGAUUCAUUUUUGUACUCUGGGUGUUUGUAAUUGAAGAUUUGAAUAAAGGCAAUAUAAAUAUG